AUGUCGAAAGCCCUGACCUCACAGAUCCGGGUCCGAAUAUGGGCGAAAGAUCCGAUUCAAAGCUCCAACGUUGGUUCCGGUUCAAGCCAAGGAACCAAUUUGAAGUCCGCGGCACGAAAGCUGCGGUACAAAUAUCCGGUGGGGAAAAUGAGGCGAAACUCCUUCAACAAAGGAACCGCAAAUUCAUUUGACAACCACGAAGUCCGAACCCGAGAAACAACAAGAACCCUCUACGCUAAGGUUGUCCAACAUCUAGCCGACGUGUGCCGAGACGAACAAGAUUUGAGCCUAACUACACACGGAAUUGCCAUCCGGCUGCAAAUCAUCAGUAACGGCGGCGGCCUUGCAAUCUAUGUAAGGGAUGAUAUAAAGUUCACUAUAAAGCGCAAUACUGAAGAUGAUGGAUACCACCAUAUUGGAAUCGAAAUUUUACACUACGGAGAGUCGAUUACUGUUCAUGGAAUUUACAGACCACCAGGCUACAACUUUUCCAAGUUCAUUAACCACCUAGAGAUACUUCUCACCGAAGCAAACCUCAGUAAGCCCAUCUUCAUAUUGGGUGAACUCAAUAUUCCUAUUAAUAGGGAGAACGAUAGUGUAGUAUUGCAGUACCAAAGUCUCUUGAGUUGCUUCAGCCUCGCUGUCUCAAAUAACAUUGUCACCAGACCUGCUAGCAACAAUCUGCUGGACCACAGCAUCGUUCGCAUCAACGACCUCCGUUCAAUAAUUAAUUGCACAUUUGAGUGUGACAUCAGUGAUCACAGGCCUGUUCUCACUACUUACAUUAACAAAAAAGCUUUACCGGAAGUUAAAAUCUUAUCUCGGCGACAUACGAAUCGAGAACAUCUCGAAAAAGACUUCAUAGAUUUCCUAAGAAAUGCUGAUUUUCGGAACCAAGACCCGAAUGCUAGAUUGAAUACUAUAACUGAGCGCUACCAACAACUUCUUGUUAAACAUACCCACGUCACUACCGCUGUAGUUCGAAUGAGGAAAAUAUGUCCAUGGAUGACUCUAGAAAUAUGGCAACUUUUGAAAUCUAGGGAUAAAAUUUUGCGGAAAUUGAAAAAGAACUCCACGAACCUCAAUCUUUCCGAACAAAUGAAGAGAAUGAAUAAGCAACUACAGAACGCAAAACGGAAGGCAAAAAUCGAAUAUUAUGAGCAACUUAUGAAUACAUCCAACAUGAAAAUUCUUUGGAAACGAAUUAACGAAAUGAUAGGAAAGAAUUCAAAACCUGAUGAGCUGACAUUGAAUCUGUAUGGAAAAUCUGUUGAUAGUCCAUUACCUGUGGCAAAUGCAUUCAACGAGUUCUUUACUGCAAUUGGACAACAUCUUGCAAGCCAACACCACUCGACCGGAAACAUAGAUGAAUUUGGAACCAUCAAGCGGAUCAGAAACUCAAUUUUUCUUCGACCAUCCACAGUCCGAGAAGUCAUAACAAUAAUAUCCAGUCUGGAUCCUUCGAAAGCUUCUGGAGUGGACAGUUUUCCUGUGUCAGCGCUUCGAACCCACCACGCGGUUUUAGCCCCUAUUCUCACUUCAGCCUUUAACGAUAGUGUUAGUAUGGGCAAGUAUCCCGAAUGUCUUAAGCUUGCUGUUGUCCACCCAGUGUUUAAGUCCGGUGAUCCUAAGGCACUUUAUAGUUACCGACCGAUUUCAGUUCUCUCUGCCUUCAGCAAGGUAUUUGAGAAGCUGAUCGCAACAAGACUGUUGGAGUUUCUAGAUGCUCGGCGUAUUGCUUUAACGACGACGGGGUCCUGUAGUGGUGGUUCCGGCGACGGCGGUGGUAUCGGUGACGGUGGCGGUGGUGGUGGUGUUUAA